GUUAUUGGUAAUGAGAUUCUCAAUGGGAAGACAGAGGAAUGCAAUUCUCGUUUGGUUUGCGCUGCUGCGCCCUCCCUAGGAUUGAAGCUUAGAAAGAUUACUAUCUUACCAGACGAUGUUCAGCUGAUUGCACAGGAGGCACGAGAGUUCAUGAACUCAUUUGACAUAGUGUUGACUUCCGGUGGCAUUGGUCCAACUCACGACGAUGUGACAUUCGAAGGUCUGGCGAAAGCGCUAAACGAAAGUACGCUGGUCCAUCCUGAGCUUUUACACGUGGUCGAGAAUUUCUUCGGCUUCGAUUCCUCUCUCGGUGCACUCCACAGACUUGCCUGUAUCCCAGCCUCUUCCGAGCUGGUGUACGGGAUAGACCACUCCACCGGACGACAAAGUAACUAUCCAGUUGUCAAGGUCCGGAAUAUUUACGCCUUACCUGGGAUCCCAACACUCUUUCAUACGGCUUUCGAAAUCAUCAAAGAGCACUUGCGCGAUCGACGGAUUUGCUUCCACAGCCGUUCUCUGUAUGUGACUCAGGGAGAGACAGUGAUUGCUGCUUUCCUCUCGUCGUUGGCCGACAAAUACAGGGAAGAAGUCGGUGUGGGCUCCUACCCCACAUUCAACAACAGCUAUUACAAAGUUCGCGUGGCUCUAGAUUCCAUGUCUGAAUCAGCGCUUCAAUCUGCUUAUCAGGAGGCAUUCGAGCACCUGAAAGAUCACUUGAUAUCAUAUGUACCGGACCCCGUAACGAAGGCUUCUAGUGCUGUAUAUGCGCUGGCGUCCGAUGUCGAACACGAUAGACUGAGCAGAUGUGUGGCCACUUCUAUCAAGAUCAUCGAAGAUAUAUUCCAUCGAUUUACUCCAUCCGAGAUGGUUAUCGGUUUUAAUGGAGGCAAGGAUUGUACAGUGUUGCUGCAUUUGGUCUACGCCGUGUUUCUCCGUCGAAUCGCUGGUCACUCUCCAGAAGCGGGUUGCAGGGCACGCUUGGCUUCCGAAUUCCCGAGACUUCUCUACAUUCGAUCAAGGUCUGUGUUCCCCGAACUCGAAAACUUUGUGCAGCGAACAUUACAAUUUUACAGACUCUCAUCUAAGUCAAUACUGCGACCUACAGUAAAUGCUGGUUCCAUGGAGAAACGCGAGAAAUCACAUGGCGGACUAAUUGUCUUUGAAGGAGAUAUUAAAUCCUCCCUCGAUAGACUACUUAAAGACUUCCCGGAUGUGCGCGGCGUGUUAAUGGGCACGCGAUUAUCAGAUCCACGGGCCAGCCACCUCAGUCCGGUGAUCAUGACUGAUGCUGGGUGGCCACAGAUAUUGCGCAUCAAUCCCCUACUGGAUUGGACCUAUUCGGACGUGUGGCAGUUCAUUCGGACGCUCUCGCUUCCUUACUGCAGCCUGUACGACGUCGGAUACACAUCCAUCGGAAGCAUGGAGGAUACGCAUCCGAACCCAAAUCUCCGAUAUAUCACGGAGUCGGGUCGCUGUGGCUACCGCCCAGCAUACACUCUGGCUGACCCGGAAUCAGAACGCUCCGGCAGAAGUCGAUCGAUCGCUCCCUCACGACAAGAAUAACGACCACCAAUUGCCGUACCACCUCCUCAGGACGAGACUACCCCACACGAUUGAUAUUAGGUUUUCCGGCAUGCAGUUUUGCUACUGUACUUCAUCAUCAUACAAGAUGCACAUCUUAUGGCUAAUUAUACUAACAACAGUAACCCAGUGGAAGUUUUGUCUCAAAG